AUUUAAUUAGGCCAACAAGAUGGCGACUGCAAUGUAUUUGGAACAUUAUUUGGACAGCCUGGAAUCUCUGCCAGGUGAACUUCAGAGGAAUUUUAGUUUAAUGAGAGAUUUAGAUCAAAAGGCACAAGAUUUGAUGAAAGAAAUUGAUGAUAAGGCAGAAGGGUAUUUGUCAACAGUAAGAAAUAUGUCUCCAGAAAAAAGGUCAGACUUUCUCAGUGCAAUACAAAAACUGUUCAGCAAAAGUCGAGAGUUUGGAGAUGACAAAGUACAGUUAGCAAUGCAGACAUACGAAAUGGUUGAUAAACAUAUACGAAAGCUUGAUGCAGACCUUGCGAGAUUUGAGGCAGAUUUACGAGACAAAACCUUGAACAAACCCAGUCAGGAGGAGAAAACAGAGGCCGGAAAAAAAUCAAAUAUAAAAGAGAAGGAUAAGAAGAAGAGAAAGUCUAUGAAAGAUGAGUUUGAGGAUGAAAUACCAAAGAAGAAAAAGAAAAAAGGACAAGGGCAAACAAAUGAGCCGGCACCUCCACCAAUGAUAUCUCCGCUGUUGUCGUUGACGAUGAACAAUCCGUCAGAUGUGUUAGAUAUGCCAGUAGAUCCAAACGAACCGACGUAUUGUCUCUGUCACCAAGUAUCAUACGGUGAAAUGAUUGGCUGUGAUAAUCUAGAUUGUCCUAUUGAAUGGUUCCAUUUUGGAUGUGUGGGGUUGACAGCAAAGCCUAAAGGAAAAUGGUACUGUCCAAGAUGUACUGAAGAAAGAAAGAAAAAGUGAUGAAACUAUUUAUUGUGAUUUUAAAGUUUGGAGACAGUAUAAAGCUGUGCGAGCUGUCAGAGGUUAAAAAUUUGUUCAUUUCCAGCUCUCGAGUUGAUUCAUCCACACAUUAAGAGCAUAUGCAGAUUUGAAUGUUCCAGGGGUGAAAAUUGCAUGCAGUAUAUAUUGUGCAAUGUUGGCAACAAAUAUUUUUUGAUACUUUUUUAUUUUUGUUCCAAAUGACAAAUAGUCUUGAAAAUUAAGCAUUGCUAAGAAGUGAAGCCACGUUUUGGCAAAUCCCACAGAAAGUAAAAAUACAGACUACUAGUACUUGAACUGUGAAACAAUUCAUCCAAGGUUUUCAGAUUUUUUUUUUACUUAAAAAUGUUUACACCUGUGUAAACAAUUUGGAUAAAAAAGGUAUUUGUCUUGCCAGGGUAGUGUCUUUCACUCAGAAAAAGGGUUGAAUUAAUGUACAAUAUGUAGUCAUUUGAAUUUCAAGAGACUGAUUUGGAAUAAAGUCAGUUCAUUUGAAAUUACAUUAUAAAUGGUUCAUCUUUUUAGAAAAAAAGGAGAAAAAAUAAUUGUUGAUGCAAGUGCUUAUAUAAUUGUAAAGCAAAAGAGUGUGCAUUGAAAAUUUUUAUAUUUGACAAUACAAAAUGUACCUAUAUUUUCAUUCUGAAGCAAAUGAUUUGUAAUCUCAGUGAGGUUGGGGGAGGGGGGUGUUGAGGAGGGGAGGGGAGUUUUUAGUAAGUGCUGUGGUGAAGAUGUAUAAAGCUUCAUGUUUUAAAGUAUUUUAACCCUUACCAUGCUGUACACGAUUGAUUCUGCCUUUGCGACCAGUGUAGACCAAGAUCAGCCUGCACAUCCGUGCAGUGUUCUGGUCUGCACUGUUCGCUAUUCAGUCAGUAAGUUUUCAGUAAACAUCCCUUCAAAUGAUAAAUGGUACUGCCCAAAUUGGAAGAUGGACUAUUCCUUUAUAGAAAUACAGCAGGGUAAGGGGAUUCAUCAAAGGCAUAAUAUUUGUGAAAGGGCUUUAAUCAAGCCAAAUAGUUUGCAAGUUGUUUGUGAAAGUAGGUAUGUCUGUUUAAUCAAAUUUGAUUGUUACAGUGUUUAACUGAUUGUCUAAAAUACUGGAUUUUUGUUUACCAUGAAUACCCGCAUUAAAAUUAAGAGUGUGAUAGGCUAGAUUUUAUCCCUGUAUUCCAUACUAUGUAUGUAUUGAUAUACUUGUCUGAAUGGCAAAGGUCUUGGAAAAGUAAAUUUUACAUUUUCUUGUCAACAUGGUGGUAGGUCUUAAAAUUCCUGGUGAAAUCUAGUUUUCUUCAAACAUUGCAUGAAAUAAAGUUAAUACUAAAAAAGAAAUUGUCAAAAACCAUAUGAGGUUGCUGUCUAAAUCUACAAAUAUUACAGGUGAUACUGAUGGUAUCCAUCUAACUUAAAUGUUUUAUAUAUGGUAUUAUGAAGACUGCAAACAUGGACAAACAGAGGGUGUAUCUUUAAAACAAAUGACUAUUUUAAAACCAAAACAAAUGACCAUUUUUAAACCAAUCAGAAAUGCACAAAUCAAAUUUAACCUUUGCCUACAAAAUUGCAACUUGGGCAACUUUUAAUUAAAGCUGGAAUGAGGGAAACAAACUAAAAUUGAAGUUUCUAUAUCGGUUUUUUGUCCAUUAAUUUCAAGAACAUAAUUGGUCUUCUCCUUUAGGUUUUUGUUGGUGAAACAUUUUAAAUGGGGACCAUCAUUCAAUAUGUUCUUUCUUUGCAGAAUUAAUGUGUUUGCCAAAAAUGUUGUUGAUGUUUAGGAAAGUGCAUGUUGUACGAGUGUAAGUCGCUUAGAAUUUAAGAUUAUGUAAAAAAGAUGUACUUUAUACUGCUAUAUUUAAGGUUUAUAGACACCCAUUUAUAUAUAUGCAUGCAGUGUGAGUAUUUCCUAAAAAUUUUGGAAGAAGAAAAAGUCUGGAUGAAAUACACAUAAUUUAGUUUUUUUUUUAAAUUUUACUAAGAGGGGUAGAGGCUGGAGUUUGUUAUUAGGGGAGGAGGAGAAAUUAUGUUGGAAAAGGGGAAUAAAAUUCCCAAUAAUAAGUAUGUUUUAGUGGAAAACUGCAUUUGAAUGAAAUUUUCUGAAGGGAACAGCCCCUACUAUUGAAAAACAAAAAACAAAUCUAUUUGGUCAAAGAAUGGGUUUUUUUUUUUAAAAACAAAGUGCCAGAUUCCAUCAGAAUAUUCAAAUAUGUGUACAUCCACUUUUAAACUUUUUCUGUUAUAAUUUGUGAUGCUUUAUUCAGCUAUGCCAUAAAUUGUUGAGAGCAUGUUAAAGCUGGCUUUAAAUGUUAUAUAAGGGCAAUAUCUUAUUCUUGUUCACUUGUUAAAUUUCAAACUAGUUCAGUUCACUUUAACCAUCAGGUCAGGGGGAAAAGGUUUGUAAAAAAAAUCUGGAUAUAUAGUUUAACUAGUCUAAAUAUCAAACGAGCAACCAGAGAUUUUCAAAGUUUUGACUCACUUAAUUGGUUUAUUUUGUCAAAUUAUUUCACCUAUUAAGUGAAUCCAUAAUGUAGACCAAGAAAGGUUUCUAAAACAGUAAAGUGCUAGACUUUAAAAUGUUGGAGUACAUGUACUUCAGUUUUCAACCAUGAACUACUUUUAAAGGCGUACACUAGAAUUUGGGGCAAAAUUUAUGAUGGAAAUUAUCCCAAUAAUAGAAUUUCUUCAAACUUUGGAUAUUGAAGGACAAUCAUCUAAGAAACAAAAAUAUGCAAUAAAAAUCAUAGGUAACAGGUAUUGAAAGAGUUAUCUGCCCUUGAAAACAUAAUUUUCCCCAACCUUUGACUAUAGUCAUCUCUGAAAAUAUAAAAAUUAUCGAGGUAUAACAGAAUUGAAGCCUUUUCACCUUGACCUAGCUGCAAGGUUAUAAAACCAAGGUUAGAGACAAGACACAGAGUGUAACCUUGCCGUUUGUCAGGUUCAGUUUUGAGCUCAUAAACAACCAUUUAUUUCUGGUAUUUUGAAAGUGGUCUCCAAACUUGGUAUUUUAACCUUGAACCCAUGUUUUGCUUGUUGAUUUUUUUUCCCACAGUUGUUAUUGUUGAAAUAUUUGAUCUGACAUUUUUUGCCAUUUCUUCAUGCCAAUCGUGUAGAGAAUCCAUUCAUUCAGUAUUUCAUACUUUCGAAAAUCAUGAGCAAAAUUUUGUUUUGUUAAUUUCAUUGUUCAUUCUUCUUAAUUAUGUAAUGAUUGAACAUUUGUCUUCUGUUUCACAUUAGACAUAUUGUUAUUGAUAUUAAUAGGUCCAAGAAAUCUCAUUUUGUUCUCAUUUAAGUGACAAGUUCAUGAAAAGUUUUUUCAAAUUUGGCUUUAACUUUUACCAUGCUGGACACGAUUGAUUCUGCCUUUGCGACCAGUGUAGACCAACAUCAGCCUGCACAUCCAUGCAGUCUGAUCAUGAUCUGCACUGUUUGCCAUUCAGUCAGUAUCUUUUUGGCAAGCACCCAUUUUAACAGUUAAUGGUACUGUCCAAAUUGAAAGAUGGACAAGUUCAUUAUAGAAAUUUAGCAGGGAAAGGGUGCAACAGGAUUCCAGCAGUACAGCAUGCUUGAUAAGAAAGAGAUAUAUUUGAAAUGAAGAACAGUUCCAAACUCCAACUCUUGAAUUACUAAAACUUGCGAAAAUUGAUGGUGUCUGCUGUCCUAACUUCUUGGUCAUAAUGUUCAUGGGCAUAAAAUCUUGUGGUCACUCUUGAGUUAUUGCAGAUGAUUUACUUGAAAUUGUGAAAAUUGGCAGUGUCUGCUUAAUAAUGUGUGACCAUAAAACUUGGCCAGAAUUUUAAGAAUGUUUUUGAGCAUACUAUCUCGGCCAAGCUUGAUAACCACUGGAUAGUUUUAUUGCUCUAGAGUUACGGUCCUUGAAUUAGUUGAAAUUGAGAAAACUGACAACUGGUCUGCUCAAUACUUAGAGUAUUUUAGAAAUCAAAAGUAAUUUGCUGUGAUAGGCAUAUGAUAUGACAGCUUGCCUCUCUUGUUUAUAUUUUAGUGUAAUUGACAAAGACAUCUUGAUGCACAAGAUGUCCACAUUUGUCCAUUAGUAAAUAAUUGAUCAAACAAGAGCAACUAGACACUUUUCCUCAAUUAUGUAAAUUUUGAAUUUUUAUCAUUGAAUGUUGGAUAUGGAAAACUCAUUUUAGACAAGUAACUUCUACCAAGGCCUUUGUAUAAUCUCAUAUUUUUUUGCUUGCUGAAAAGUAUUAAGGUACAAUUUUAUUUUGUACUUCCGGUUGUAUUUCUGCUCCUUCAAUAUAUUUGUUUCAUGAAAGCCAGUCAGUCAUCAUCCAAGUAUUUGUGUUUGUUGCUAUAGUCACACAAUGUGACACAUUGGUUUUCCUUGUUCACCGUUAUUUUUGUCAUUGAAUAAAUCAUCUAGUUUUCAUAA